GAGAGAUGAUUCCUCUAUUGAAAGAUGUGAAUCUCACACUACCUGAAAAAUGCCAGGUUGAUUUGCUAGCAGAGUCUGCACUGGAGUGGGCGCUGCCCCCAUUUCAGAACGGAACAGUGCAGGAGCCACUACAGGACACUGUGGAAUCUCAUUUGAACAAAAUGAUGGCGCUUAUAACUCUUUUGAAAGACUUCAUUAUUGACCAGAAUAUUCUACUAUGCUAUGGAAACUGGGUGCUAGAAGUCUCUGAGAAUUUGGUGUCUACGCUGGUGAGGAAAACAGAUCCCAUCAAAUCCAUCAACAUUUCUCUACAAACUUUAGAGGUUCAGGUAAUUACUGUUGGACAAAACACCUCUGUGAAUAAAGUCCAUUCUCUCAUCACAAGCAGUGCAUCCAUGGAUAUCGAGUUGACUGGGAUCUCAAAGAACAGCAAUGUUACUGUGGCCUUUGUGAGUUACACCAACAUGUCAGACAUCCUGACACCUUCUACAUUUAUCAGCGAAACCAUGAUGUCUGCUGUGGUAUCAGUAACACUUCUCCAAACCACCAACCCACACCUCACCAAACCACUCAAUCUCACGUUCACACACAUCAGAGAGUUAGACCCUGCAGGCAUUCUCUACUGUGGGAACUGGACAGAAACAGACUGGGCUGAAGCUGGUUGUAACAUCACAGACAAAAACUCCACUCACACUGUGUGCUCUUGUGAUCGUCUGGAUACUUUUACUAUCAUGCAAGUUAUGGAUCAUUCUUGGAUCAUUUUCGUCACAGCAUCUAUAGCAGUGGGAAUUAUAUUUCUGAUUUUGUCGAUACUGACACUCGCCUUUUGUUCGCCGAACAGAAAAUUGACCAGAACGGCUCUGAUAAACCUGUGUAUAAGCUUGUUGAUGGUUAUGCUUUUUGACCUGGCCUUGCCAUAUUCCCAGACAAUAUGGAAGCUAGUACUGGACUGGCUUUGGGAUUUUUUCUAUUUGUCAUUUGGUCUGUGGAUGUUCAUUGAAGCCAUCCUGCUCUUCAUAUCUGUGAAGAACCUAUCAAAUAUCAGAUCAAUGCAGGGGGAGGGGUUUAGCUGGAAAUGGUUAAUUGUGAUUGGAUACUGUGUGCCCCUGGCUCUGGCGACUCUGCUGUUCAUGCUUCUGAGGUUUACUGGAAGCCAAACAUGUAUCGAGGAAAAUUGGGACUCAGAAGCUACGUUUGUUGUUAAUUUAAUUUUUCUUUGCAUUCUUGCAUUAAACUUCAUCUUCUACAUCAUCAUCAUCAUCAUCUUGAGCUUCACUAUAAUAUGGCAGAAACUUCAGAACUUACAGAGGAGUAACACCAAUAAUCAAAAACUCAUACUAUGUGUGAUGUUUAAAAGCCUGGCCCAGUUUUUUAUCCUCGGCUGCCCUUGGAUUAUUUUAUUUUUCUCCAACGAUUCUACAUCAUGGUAUGUCUGGAUGUUCUUCGCUAGCCAGCAGGGCACCUUCAUCUUCCUGGUCCACUGUCUCUUCAACCAAGAGGUCAGGCAGCAGUACAGGAAGUACCUGGAUGCGUUUUGCUGCGCCAACAAACCUAACACCGCUACAGCAGAUGUGCAGAUGAGCAGUGACUCAACAUGAACGUCCACAGGGCUGUUACUUCCACGGUUACAUUGUCAGUGAUUAGCUGAGCUUUUUCAUAUUUUUGAUGCACAUGUUUUUUUGGUUUAGAACUUUUAUUGCUCUUUUAAUUCAUAUAUAUCUUCUUUUUGUUUUUGGUUUUCUGCAUUGUAAACAAAGAGCAACUUUAAUUUUCUUAUAACUUUACUAAAAUGUCAAUCUGUUAAAAGAUCGAAUCAGGUUCGGAUCAGGAUGUGUGAGGUAUGGAUAUGGAUAUGGACUUGUCAGGUCAGGCUUCAUUUAAUCUGCCAGCAUUUCUGUCUUUUUUGUAAAUAUUUUUAACAUAACAUUUAGAAACAUUACCACAAUAACACAUCACAUAACAGAGCAAAGCAUUAUUACUGCAAAUGUUUUUAGAAUAUUGCAGAAACGUUAUUUAACAAUUUUUUGCCAAAGGUGAAGUUAAUGUCAGUGAAUAAUAAGCGAGAUGAAGUCGAGGUCGAGAUUAUUCUUCACCAAUAUUCACUGAGCCUGAGGCAGAUAAUUGUUUUAGUAUAAUUACACAGGUGAUUUAUUUUUUUAAAAAAUCAUUCAUUUCAAACUUCAAAAGUGGCAUGCAAAUAUGAUAAUGGCACGGCGUAGAUUUGUGUCGCUUCUCUACGCCGAGUCACAUAAAAUCCUUUGUUUUGAAAUCGAUAAAAUAAAUCACAAUCCCACCUUACCUUUGAAUAGUUUCAGACCAAAUUUCUGAGCAAUUUUAGUGUGACGAAGUGAUCAGCCGCCAUUUUGCCGAGUCGCUCGAGGUGAUUAUUGAGAAAUAGUCAGAAUCUCUCGACCAAUCAGAGCACGCAAUUUUCUAUAAUCACCUGUGUAUUUAUACUAAUUUUAGUUACAACGAUAGUUUUUGAAGGACAUGUCAAAUGCGUCUGGACUAGGUUUAGAUUUAGGUAGAGAAUUAUUUAAAAUCAACACCAGGAUUACUGGCACCAUUCAAACAAGUCUAUGAAAUCGAUUUCCACUGAGACAAUUUCAGAAGAACUGUGUGUGUGUGUGUGUGUAGAUCAGUUUCUCUCCUCUUCAAUGAAAUGGUAAAUGCAGAUCUGAGAAGAUAAAAGUGAAUAAACAGAAAAUGUACA